AUGGAGAACUCAUCCACCACCGUCGGCUUCCAUAAUAUGUCUUCGCCCUAUCUUCCUUCCAAAGCCGAGGGUAUCGCAUGGUGCAGUGCUUUAACAUUGGAAGCAGUUUUAAUUGUUUUAGCAAACUUGCUCGCUCUUGCUCUCUUCGCUGUUAACAAGAGGCUUCGUAAGAGAAGUUUGUUUUUGGUCAUUAACAUGGCGUUUGCUGAUUUGCUAUCCGGAGCUUUGUCCCUCCCAAUUUUCAUUUACACCGUUGGAGCUGGUUUCAUGCUUUGGAAAGCUCGAUUCGACAAGACGUUUUAUGCUUAUCAAGUUUUUGGUCAAACCGUUGUCUUACAGGCGUCACUAUUUUCUGCGUCAUUGAUAACUUGUGAGAGAUUUUACGCUGUUUAUUGGCCCUUGAAGCACCGAACUUUGUCAGUGGGGGCGUACCGCGCAGCUAUUUUUAUGGUUUGGAUACUAGCCAUCCUUUUUUCUAUUCUUCAGCUUUUAAUUUCCAACAAACCUGCUUUUUACACGUUUGUUUCGAUCUUGUUGAGUCUAUUAUUUACAGUAUGUAUCUGUAACAUCGCUAUUUGGAGAAAAUUUCAACGAAGAAUUGCAUCGCAACAACAAAACCGAGAAGCACAAAAUCGACGUCUUACAAGGACCUUGCUUUUAACAUCGGCUGUCGAGAUCUUAUCUUGGCUUCCUUUGACUAUAAGUAAUCUUCUAGUUAUUGCUUUUGAGGUCCCCGUCCCUUUAGCAGUUUUGUUCACGUGUGUCGCCGUAAAUUAUUCAAACUUUGUCCUAAAUCCAAUCAUUUAUGCGCUAAGGUUUCCGGAGUUUAAACAAGCACUAGACGUUUGUUGCCAUAGAAAUCAUGACGCAACGAUAAACGUAGAGGGCAGUGGUCGAAAUAACAACGUGGGCUCUAAUGCAUACAGGAUUUCUGGGAUGCAAACAUUGGGUUUGUGUUGUUGUAGAAGUCGGAAUUCGAUGAACACUAGAGAAGGUGCCGGUGGUGAAAGAAAUUAUAGAGUCCACAAUUUGAGACCAACGACAUUGUCAACUAACUCUAGUGACUUACAGCUUGCGUUUUCACAGGAAGUUAUGGACACAAGAUUAUAGUUUCAUGAUGUGAUUGAGUAUUAAGUUUUCAUGAGGUGAUGAAGACAAAACCUGUUAAUAAUUUUGUUGUCUUGUGACUUUUUUCAAUGCAAGUCAGAGGUACUCCAAGUUCAUGAGUGAAAAUUGUUGUUGCCUAACAGAAAUAUUAUAUGGGUCGAUCGUUAUUUAGGGGUAAAAAAUAGCAAUAAACCUACAUCGAAGACUGUCAACGUACUAGCAUUAAUAGACCUCUUUACCUUUUAUUUUCCGUUUUCGCAGUUAAGGUCCUAGGGGAGUUUGACCUUUUGCCUUUACAUAAAUUACGCGUACAAUACGCGUGUGAUUAAGACUUAAGUUGAAAGAAACAAAUCUUAAAGAUUAUUAUUCCUUGACCAGCAUUGGAAAAACAAAGCACUAUGCAAGCGAAAGAGGUUUAUUAAAUUAGAUAAGCAAACUGGCGCAAGAGAAGGAGUAGGAAAAAAAAAGCAAAAAAGUAUCUGGAUACUUCAAUUAAGAAUAAACUCAAGUUGAUUUUACGAUUCUUUCAUUGAUUGGCGUGCUGGCAAAACUCUUUUAUUACUUUAAACUAACAAAUAUAAUGGUAUCAGGAAGAAAUUGAAGAGCUGUGGUGCCUACUCAAUCCCGUAAUGUUUUUACUUUUUAAGCUUUCUACAUAGUACAAUCUCCACUGGAGGUUGCUUAGGUGGGUCGCAUCCUUUUUGAAAGGGAGGGCUCAGGUCACACGCGUUGGUGCCUCGGUUUCUACUCCUUUAUAUCUAAAUGGAGGAAUUCCUCAGGGCACAAAAUUGGGUCCUGUGUUGUUUGCUGUUAUGGUCAAUGACCUUGAUCAAAGUUGGAACGCCCGCAUUAAGUUAGUGGAUGAUCUGACGGUUUUGGAGGUUGUACCUCGCAACCCUUAUUGAAUGUAGUAGUUGAUGAUAUCCACCCUUUCGCUGUUAACAAAAAUAUGCGUUUAAACCCCCGUAAAUGCAAGACCAUGAAUGUUGACUUUCUUCACUACAAUAAUUGCGUUCCUCGCCCAAUCGCGGUUGGUGGGCUGAUAUUGAGCAGGUCUCUACAUUUAAGCUUCUCAGUGUCCAUCUUUCUGAGGACCUCACUUGGGCAGUGCACUGCGACUACAUAGUGAAGAAGGCCAACAGACGGCUAUAUGCACUGAGACAACUCAAGAAGUGCAAAGUUCCGUCAGCUGAUAUUGUUCAUAUCUACUGCGCGCUAAUUCGCUCUGUACUAGAGUACACCUCCGCUGCCUUUACCGACCUGCCAAUUGUAUCUUGCUUGCUAUCUUGAGAAUGUGCAAAACAGGGCCCUUUCCAUCGUUUGGCCUGGUAUUUCGUAUGAAACAGCACUUGACAAAGCUGCAUUAUCCACUCUUUCUGACCGUCGGGCAGUCUCCUAUAUUAAAUUUAUAGGUAAGGUUCGGCCAGGUAACCCAUUAUUUAUACCCACUUUUACACAACAGAGUGGUACCUAUAUCUACCUGUGUGUAUGUAAGAUCAGGAAGUUCUAGCAGGCCCAUGGCCACAAGGACUGAACGUUUCUCAAAUUUUGUUAGUGUUGAAUAUUAAUCUUGUCAAUAAGUGUAGCGUAUUAGUAUAUAUAUCACAGCUUGUAAGGUAUCCUACAAUUCAGUCUCCUGACUGCAAAAGGGACAAUAAACCCGUGAUUUGAUUCGAUUUUAUUUAAAAAAAACCGUAUUUCUCACCAAGUCUUCUUUUUUGGACCGAUUUUUGGCUAAUUGACAUAGUAAUAGCCACAAAAGAGUUUUGCAACAGUAAGGACAUAUUUUCCGACAGAUCGGAUCGAAUUAAGCAGCUUUUUUGUUUUUUGCUCAUGCACUUAUUUUUUUAAAACCAAAAUUUGGACUGUUUUGCGAAUCUAGUUCUAUAUUUCUUUUUCGCUCUUUUUUUUCCCUCUUCCUUUCUUUUUUAUAAGCCGGAAAGAGGGGAAGAUUUGCCCUCGUAUAAAUUUACAACUCCUAGACAUUUUAUAAUCCGUCUAAAAAGUUCUAGUUUUUCCAGUGCGUUUUUUUGCCCACUUUAUCGUCUUUCUUUUGUAUGGAAUUGUGUCUGCUUAACUUUUUAGAAAAGGGACAAAUGUAAUCUGCAAAGAGUAGUGGGUUCAAAGCCAAGUCGCAGGGGUGGCGCCGGUUUAAUUGGGAAUAUAUGUAAUAUUGGCUCGACAGCGAUAAUGAUGAGUGCCGAAGGCACGAGACGCAGAAACUAGGGGGGUCAGGGGGCAUGCUGGGGAAUUUUGAAAAUUUAACUACUCUAGGAUGCAAUCUGGAGCAAUGUGAACACUAAAUUUUGGCAAACACCAGGAUUUAAUGGUGGUCAAUAAAGUAAGAAAAACUUGAUGACCUUUUCCAGCUUAGCAAAAAAACUUAUCGAUCUUGAAAACUUUCGUAGAAAAUUAUCAAUUCACUGUCAAUUGUCAGUUUGUUUUAGCUACCGUUCCAUACGUGGUAAGAGAAAGGUUUAAUUGACAUAUAAUUUUCCAAAGCGAUUUUACCUGUCAUUUGAUGUUGAAACAAACUGAUUUCCAAUGUCUGCCAUGUUCAUAGUUGUUCGAAGAUACCGGUCUUGAGCCUUCAAAGAGCAGAGGCCGAGCGCUCAAUCACAGCAUUCGUGUCAGGUACAACAGGAGGUAUUAAACUUCACAAGGUUAAAAACGUCUGAGAAAUAAUUAAUCAACAGCUGAACUGGAGGGGUUUGCCAGUCCAGCGCAUCGCUCUGAGAGAUUUCUGCUUUGGCAGCAGUGAAUAGCGCUCCAAGUCGUCUCCAUAAGAAUCACAGACAGAAUCAAGAUCCUCAUGGCGUACGAUCCCCGCCAAAAUUCAUUGUUUGAAUUUUAAAUUCAUCAUUUAAAUUUCUACUUGAAUUUUAUAGCCGAAUAUAAAAUUUUACACUCUUCCUUCAGAUUUCACAUCAUUGGGAAAACGUUUUUAAACUCGUCUUUUAUUUUUUAAACUCAACCCUUUUAUUUAACCUUGCUCGCCGUAUAUUUUCAACUCGCUUCAUCAAAUUACACUUGCCGAGUCAUAUUUCAAACUCGACCACACGACUUCUGAAUUUUCGUUCACGCUUCAGUGAUCGUUGAUCAAGACCAUCUUUGGAAGGUGUUGACAGGCCAAAUAUGACUCAUAAGCUCGUGAUAGUGUGAUACGAGACCUUAUAGUCUUGCUCUAACGAGGAUAUCUCCCAGCGAUUUUUCUCUUUUAUAUAAAAUGAUGGUAGGCUCAUUGUAUAUUUCUCUCGGUAGCCGGUUGAUCUUGAAUUAAGUGCCAUUUGCUCAUUAAAAUGUUUUUAAGGUUUGGCAAAGCAGGGUGGUACGUGGUAACAAAAGGCAAAAUUUUCUUCCGCACUUGAUUGUUCUAAUAACAGACGCUUUCGAUAAACAUUUAAGAAUAAAAAUCAACGAUAAAAAUUUUGAAUGACGUUUCGAUGACUCGCUCAUCAUUUUGAAAAUGAUGAAAAUGAAAAAUGAAAAUGAUGAGCGAGUCAUCGAAACGUCAUUCAAAAUUUUUAUCGUUGAUUUUUACUCUUAAACACUUGAUUGUUCUUUUGUAAAGUUAACUUCCGUUCGGUAAAUUUAACCUCAGAGGUGAUUUUUUCUAUGAGAUUGUAAGGGUAACCUCUAGCGCGAGGGCGCUUUUUGAAGGAUUUAGCUGAGGAGUUAGUUCUCAGAAGCCUAAUGGCUUCGCCCUUUAUGAGACCUUUUCUGACCCUGUGAGGGUUACAGGAAGAGAAAUGCGUGUAUUGAAAAGUCUCUGUCGGUUUAAAGGGACUGUAUGGUUCACGAUAAUGCUUAUGUGUGAGUUCUGACAGUAGCUGAUUGUUUUUAAACCAAUCAGAAGCGAGUUAGAUGUACACAAGUAAAUUUACAAAAUUCAAAUUCAUUGUUCGAGACGCGCGAGUAUUUCCUGUCAUUUGGUUUGAUUUUAUAUAUCCCCAUAAUUCAAGUUUAUUCCUUGCUACUCCUCAGAUAUAUAUUGCAGCCGAUUAUAAUAAGAUUUACUGUCCUGCUUUGAAACAAACAUUUAUCAACGUGUAUUUUUACGAGGUCGUACCCACGCUGACAAAGUAGUCACCGAUCGGCAAACAAAAUUUGUCAACAAACAUUUUAUUACUGUUCUCUCAGUUCGCCUUAAUAUAAACCCAGAAAUACCUAUCAAUAGCGCCUGACCGGUGACAAAACCACACAACGUAUGAGUAUAAAGAUUAUCCUUAACUGAGCAUUAAUUUCAAUUGCUUAUCAGCAAAUGAACAAAUUCAUUCGCGUUGUAUCGGGUCUGUGUUCCGCAAAACAAAUGUUAUCGAGUUGAACACAUAAAGAAACUAGAUUAUAAACAGAAUAUUCAGGCAAUAAUUUAUUUUCAAAACAUCAAUUCCUAAACAUAUACGAUCGUAAAGCAAAGAUACAAGGAACAUUUCAAGUGUACCAGAUCGGUGAAGAUCGCGCGGCCUGUUGCGGUAUUACUACAGGUCGGAGUCAAAAAUCAAAUCAAAGUUGAACGAACUCAUGCCUUUAACCACUUUGUGUCGUGUAUUCUUUUCGUAAGCCACACACUACUCCUAGAACCAUACCAGAUCGAUCGGCUAAGCUUCUCUAUCUCCAAAGACUCUUGAGAACGUCCUGUUGCCGGACGGCCACGAUGCUCUUCUGAACCUCCAUGAUCAAAACAUUAUAUUUUGCAUCUUCUUAAAACGUAACCGGUCAAACAACACAACCACACGUUAAUCACCACUAAGCGACCGAUGUCGGAAUAAAACGAAGGAUUUUCAAUGAUUGUACCAGUAAUGGCGAUUUCGAAUUUAGUGUUGACCCAACAAAUUUAUUCUGAAGAGACAAACGGCGCGCAUGCGCAUAACCGUGAUCGCGUCCCUUUAAAAUGUGUGUGGAUGUCAAGAAUUCCUUCGUUGUGAAAUCUCUCGCCUUUGUAAAUGGUUGUAUCCAGAAAGUUAAUCUCUUUAUCAGAUAUUUCAGCCGUAAAUUUAAUUGAAGGGUGAUGCCUGUUUGCAAGAACAAUGAAUUCAUCUAUCUCCUUUCUCUCAGUUCUCCACAAUGAGAAAAUAUUGUCAAUGUAUCUUUUCCACUCAAGGGGUUUAGUUUUGCUGAAGUUCAGGAUUUCUGUCUCUACCACCGAGAUGAAGAUGUUGGCAAAGGCGACUGCCAUCUUUAUACCCAUUGCGGUUCCGUAUGUUUUUUCACAUGGCUAAGGAAAUUCAGUUCUAUCCGUUCGAGANGCGGCCUGUUGCGGUAUUACUACAGGUCGGAGUCAAAAAUCAAAUCAAAGUUGAACGAACUCAUGCCUUUAACCACUUUGUGUCGUGUAUUCUUUUCGUAAGCCACACACUACUCCUAGAACCAUACCAGAUCGAUCGGCUAAGCUUCUCUAUCUCCAAAGACUCUUGAGAACGUCCUGUUGCCGGACGGCCACGAUGCUCUUCUGAACCUCCAUGAUCAAAACAUUAUAUUUUGCAUCUUCUUAAAACGUAACCGGUCAAACAACACAACCACACGUUAAUCACCACUAAGCGACCGAUGUCGGAAUAAAACGAAGGAUUUUCAAUGAUUGUACCAGUAAUGGCGAUUUCGAAUUUAGUGUUGACCCAACAAAUUUAUUCUGAAGAGACAAACGGCGCGCAUGCGCAUAACCGUGAUCGCGUCCCUUUAAAAUGUGUGUGGAUGUCAAGAAUUCCUUCGUUGUGAAAUCUCUCGCCUUUGUAAAUGGUUGUAUCCAGAAAGUUAAUCUCUUUAUCAGAUAUUUCAGCCGUAAAUUUAAUUGAAGGGUGAUGCCUGUUUGCAAGAACAAUGAAUUCAUCUAUCUCCUUUCUCUCAGUUCUCCACAAUGAGAAAAUAUUGUCAAUGUAUCUUUUCCACUCAAGGGGUUUAGUUUUGCUGAAGUUCAGGAUUUCUGUCUCUACCACCGAGAUGAAGAUGUUGGCAAAGGCGACUGCCAUCUUUAUACCCGUUGCGGUUCCGUAUGUUUUUUCACAUGGCUAAGGAAAUUCAGUUCUAUCCGUUCGAGAAAUGUUGGCUGUAAGCUAAUGUGGGAUGAUAUUGCACAUUCAUGUUAUGAUCAAGUGACAGUUGUCAAUACAGGGUAUCCGCUGACUUGAAUUGCAUGACCUUAUCGCGGGCUCAAGGUAUUUUAACCUACAAGGCACAUGAAAUAAUUACUGGUAAGCUGUGCUUUAAGCCAGCUGCCGGACUUCGGACGCGAAAAGGCAGCCUUUUUUACAGGUAGAGAAGGCAGUUUCUUUUAAGUUGUCUCUUGCACCUUAAAACCACAAAAAACGUUUACUUUGUUUAGCAUGGUCACGCGUUGGUCACGCUCUACGUCCCAUCCGUCCCAUUCUUAUCUCAGAUUGGUCAAAAUUUGACAGGUGAGUUCACGUAAAAACUUAUGAAGCAUUUGGAAACUGACUGCUUGGCUCAGCUCUAAUUAUGUUUUAAACGUCUUUUUGCACUGGAUCUGCAAAAUGAAAUGCUAUCAAGAAUCUUUUGUCAUUCCUGGUGGCUUGUUUAUUAGGUUUUUGGUUGAGAAAUGCGCCGCAUGACAAUACCAUCAACUGAUGUGAUACAACUCACUUUGACUCUGAAGAUGACUACCGCACAGGGCUGAGUUGCUCAAAGCAUGGUUAGCUUUAACCAUUGGUUAAGCAGUAUCAAAACCAAUACGUUGUCAAGGUAUUAAACGCUGGUUAAUGCUAGCCAUGCUUCGAGCAACUGGGCCCAGGUUGUCGAAACGUCACUGUCAACAACAACUGUCCUAUUCAGGACUACUUUCACCCCGACGAUCAAAUUCAACCUACUUCUGAAAUGACUCCUGGGUUCAAACCUUUCACCAAAAAAAGGUGGAAAUCAUUGUUUUAAAAAAUAAGUUACUCUUCGUACUCCUGAUGCACAAGAGGGUUCAAAAGUGUUAAGCAAUUCUGGACUCACUUGAUCGCGUUCAGGAACUGCAUCUCGACUGGUAAGCUUGAGUAAUUAUAUUGCAUUUGAUGUUUGUUUUUUUCCGGUUUCAUGAAGUCGAGCUUUGUUUUUGCCGUCACUUUACGCACGUUUGUAAGAUUUGCGACAAUGAUCUGACCUAGUACAGAAUUAAAAAGUCUUAAGACAUUUUCUGACCACGACUAGAAAGUACACAUUCUGAAGAAUAUUUAGUUCAUUCUUUUAGUUGUAAAAAGAAAGCUUUGAGCGAUAUUCUUGCCUUGAGUUCAUCUUAAAAAAAUAGCAAACACGGCGAAGCCGGCUUAAAACUUUAGCUCAAAUCUGCAAGGUUUUAUUCAAGACUCAGAAUUUUCGGAGACACGUCACUAUCAAUACGUUCAUGUCUUCGUAAAUAAAAAUUGUUGUCCUUUUAACUGUUUCAAUAGAUUAUAUUUCUUGUCUUGAUUUUUUGUCACGAUCUCUUUCUUAUCUCCUUGCCGGCUGUUUUCAGUCGUACAUUAACGUCACACGCGGCAGUAGUGCUCAAAAUGCCGCGUUAAAGAUUAUGGUGUUUUAGAAAUAAAAUGCAAACAAAAUGUUUCUGAGACCUCUUCCUACUAGGGGUGUUCGAAUUUUUAAAUAAAUAUAUAUUUUUUUAUUUUGAAGCGUAAAUCGAUUACCGGGUACUGCUCAUUCAAACACACAACAGCUCGCACUGCAAUUUUGGCGCUUCUCAAAAUUCAGAAGUGGCUGGCCGGACGGGUGACUUUUAAAAUUAAACUAAAAUAAGAUUUUUUCGAAAGUUUUUACUCAAAGCCCAUUAUUACCCUGCAUACCACAUAAUGGCAGAUUGACCCAACUAAACAGUCCCUCUAAUAGUGAAUUCUCUAUUAAAAAUGUUUUAUGUUGUUGUCACCUAUAAAAUUUGUUUUGCGCAAGGGAAGCGCGUGCUUCGAUCUUCAAGAAUAUAAAAUGAGUGCGUUUUGUCUUGUAAGAUUAUAUUCUGUAAAAAGCUGCAGAAUUAUAAGUAAAAGAGGACAAGAAAUGACAUAAUUUGUCCGAGGUCUGAAAUAUAAACAACAAAGCCUGAUAGUUCUGUUUUAACCCUAGGUGAUGUAAACUGAAAGGCUGGUUUACACACUACCAGAUUUGUAAAGUAAACUUGUAGCGAGCCACACAAAAAAGGCCUGAUUUUUCAUCUUGGCCUUUCCUUUAGACAGAGAGAUAAAACCGAGGACUAUCGUGUCUUUUUAGAGCAUAAAAUUAUAUUUCGGGGCUGUCCAAUUACCCUUGUAAAAUAAGGGUGGUCUAGGUUGGCAAAAAGGUCAUUUUGCUUAUGGGAAGAAUUUGUUUUCCACGCUCAAAUCUACUGUGAUCAAAGGCGAUUGCUUUGUUUUGGGUGUACAUAUAAGACUGUUUAACUCAAUGUGAGAUUUUAGGUGUUGUUUCAUUCUUGAACUGUUUGCAAAGUAUUUUUUCUCUAAAAUCGCGCAACUCACAAAUCAGUUAACUGGAGAGAUCCAGUUAACUGAUUUGUGGAUAAUUUACAGAUUUAUUGUUUGAUUUGAAUUAUAAAUUUAUUAACUUGAGCUACGCUUUUAGGCUUGGCUAAAUCUAUAUAUUAGUUUGAUAUGAUGUGAUUGAGAAUUCAAUAAAACUUUAUUCAACUUUAAAAAUAUGCACAUAAUUUACAGAAAUAUUUGAAGUAAGAAUUAAGCACUAUAUGACAUUAAGAAUUAUACCAGUCAUAAAAAAUACAAUCACUGUCAAUAACGAUUUCCCAAAUACAUUCCUUGCGGCUCAGAUGCGAUCAAUAACUCUUGCAGGCACUCCAGAGUUUUAAAUUAAGUCAUUACAAAAGCGAAUCAUCCGUAUUAAAAAGAAAAAAGAUAAAAAAGAAUAAAAUCUCGUAUUCAUGUGAUUAAGAAUAUAGUUUUCAUGAGGUGAUGAAGACAACUUUGAACCUGUUAUUAAUUUUUUUUGUUUUGUGACUACUUUCAGUGCAGUCAAGGGUAACCCAAGCUCAUAAGAGAAAAUUGUUGGUUGUAACAGAAAUAUUAUAUAUGGGUUUUAAAAUGGAUUAUAGCGAUCGUUAUUUAGGGGUAAAAAUAGCAAUUAAGAUACAUGGGAACUUCUCAACUUGUCCCGUUAUUUUAUUUAUGCUGCAUUAUCAUUAGCAUUUUAAGCCGUUUUAAUACCCAAAAAAUAAGAACCUGUUAAUCCAGCCAAAAUCAAGAAGGUUCUUAUAUGUUGGUUAUAGUUAAAUUAUGAUUUAGCGCAUUUUAAUCAGAGAGUUUGACUUUUAGAUUAUUAUAUUGUUAUCUCUAUUUUUUUUGUAAUAGAGAUAAUGCUACAUAUACAUUCUGUACCCAGUUUAGUUAGGCUUAUCAUGAUGCAGGUAUGAACAAAUACUGAAUAUUAAAUGAUCAAACUAAAGUUUGUUUAUUUUUUGGCAGUCAACAACUAUAUCCCCUUCACACUAAAAAAGUAAGAACCUAAUGAAGAACAUAAUUCGCUCGACUUAAAAAAAAAAUUAGGUUCUUACACUCGGGUUUUUACUGUAUUAUCAAAUUCGCUGAGGUAGAGUAGAUUUAUUUACAAAUCGCCAACAAGAGCACCCCAACGCAUGCUAAUCAAGUCCUUUUAUCUCGCCGUCGGCUAAAGCGAUCGCCAAGAACUUGGCUUUGAGCUAAAGACGCAUUUCGAAAGCUUCUCCUUUUUAUAAUAUAUAGAUUUAGCCGGGGCUAAAGGCGAUGCUCCCGUUAAUGAACAUACUUUGUAAUAAAAGAUAUCCAAUUAUAGUUGAGCCUGCAGUUAGUUGAAAACUGGAAACUGGGUAGACACCUGUGCCUGCGAUACGGUCAGGUGAUACUGGUCAGUAGAUACUUUCUUUCGACAGCUAUCAAUUAACCACAACAUGGAUUUGCAAUAUCAGUUGCAGGGUCCCACACUAGCUAGAAAGUGUAACAUUUCACAUUGAUUUUCCUGUGGUGCUGACGUACGGGCCGGAGGGUGGACAAUCAAAAUUUCUGGGAUUGAUAGGUAACCAAAUUUUCUUAGCUAUGGGGCUCCGCUCGAGAGCGCGGCGUGGAGCGCCGCUAUAAAUAUUUGGUAUAUUAUUAAGACAGUUAGGUUUCUACUGUAUUUCGUAACGCAAAGGUUAUGCUAAAAUGUCUGUUUAAUGCAGUCGUAGGAUAUUUUAAACUUGUGGCGACUGAAGGUACGAUCCUCUGAGAAUGAUUUCCGACACCAUCCUCCAUCCUUGAAGAGAGAAAUAUGACCGCAAGUAAAGUAAGUAGUGACAAAUUGAUUGCAUUGUUAUGACAAGUGCGUUAACACUGGCCAUAGCAGAUCUAUUAACAUUAGUAAUGCAGCUGUGCUGAACGUGUUUGGAUGAAAUUGUUCACUGCGAUACAUUCGACGCUAUAAAAAAACGUACCAGGCGCGUUCGAGCUUUUUUCCUCUUCCCUACUACUAGCUAGCUGCUUUAAGUUGACGAAAGUUUUUGUAAGUUUCAAUUUUUUAAACUAACUUUUGUAAAAUAAACUUUUAUUGAGCGGAAACAAAAAGUAAGUGAACGCUAACACUAGGGUCCCGUUGUUGCCGAAGACCGUCAACGUACAAACAUUAAUGAAUACCUUCUAUCUUUCGUUUUCCCAAUUAAGGUCCUAGGGAAAUUUGACCCUUUGCCUUUUCAUUAAUCACGCGUACAAUACGCGUGUGAUUAAGACGAAAUUUGUAACAAACAAAUCUUAACAUUAUUAUCCCUUGAUCUGCAUUGGGAAAACAAAACAUUAUGCAAGCUAAAGAGGUUUAUUAAACUACAUAAGCAAACUGGCGCAAGGGAAGGAGUAGGAGAAGAAAAAUAGAAAAGUAUGUGGAUACUUCACUUAAGAAUAAACUCAGGUUGAUUUUAUGAUUCUUUCAUUGAUUUUGCUAGCAAAACUCUCUUACUUUUUAAUUUAAACUAACAAAUAUACUGGUAUAAGGAAAAAAUUGAAGAGCGGUAGUGCCAACUCACUCCCGUAUUUUUACUCUGGGAAGGAUGUUUAUUAUUUUUUGAAGAUUAGAAUGUCAUCGUCUAUCGCUUUACGCUUCUCCUCUUUAAGAAAUCUUUUUUUUCAGAAUAAAUACUAUUUCUAUAGGUAAAAUUCCACUGAUCACCUGUUGGGUUUUCGCUUUGCAAGAAGUGAUCAGAGAUUAUAGUUUCUUACAGUAAGACCUCAGGGCUUACUCACUGUCCUCGAGCUCUCUGGCCUGGGAUGUACUCUUCAGUAAUAUGCGGUUACCAGGGUAUAAAUCUGGCUGUUGCAUGGGAACUGCUCAGACAUGGCCCGAAAUGGCAACCAAGACUGCUGCUAUCUUAAACUUUAUUCCAAAGGAGUUUUCAUGAGAUACAGGCUUUCAAUCAACCCAUGGGAGGUUACAUGCGCAAAAGUAAUGGCUCGUGGUUUGUUUGAUCUGAGACGUAAAUAUUUGAAUUUUUCAAUACUCAUUUUUCCUAAGAUCAUGUAAUUGAACACUUAGAAGGUUUGGCAGGAAAGAUUUCGACUUUGUGUACAGAUGAAAUCAGGGCUCCGUUGGUGAAAGAACCCUUGAAAAACCGGACUCGCAGGUGUUGUCUUUAUUUUUAUUUCAAUUCAAAUUUCAUUUCUGUACUGAACCCUCUCUGUUUGUUUCAGGAAAUCUAGUUUGUCUUAUUGACAAACGAAGGCAUUAUGGUUCUUUAUACAUUGUUUGUAUUACAUAUUGUAGAUAAAACUUAUUGUCUAGUAUUGACCAAGCAUUAAUAAUUUUUUUCCUAAAACCGAUUAAAACAGAAAAUACAAAGUAAAUAGAUGUUGAGUUUCUUUUAACAUGAUGAAAUCACGGCUGAAAUCUUAGUUCCGAUUUUCUCAAGAAAACAACUAUGAAUGCCAAGAUAAUUCGACCGCAACUAAAGCUUUCAGUACUCUUGUUUUGUCUUCCGCUUGAACAUCACCAGGUGAUAAAAGAAGAAAUAACAAUAAUAAUAAUAAUAACAAUAAUAAUAAUAAUAAUAAUAAUAAUAAUAAUAAUAAUAAUAAUAAUAACUCAAUAAUAAUUGCAAUGUCUUGCAAACGCCUGUUAUAAAGCGUAGGCAGCUUGGCGCGAGUAAGGAGUUCCCCGUACGUUUCAGUUUGAGAUUUAUAUACUGUGCGCAGCGUACGCUCUUGGAUGCACUCGAUAUUUCUGCGAUCAGAUGAUCUGCAGAAUUUCGGUACUAAAUGACAUUAAGUUAAGUAUGGCAAGAUGGACGUCUUGUAUAACAUUAACUUCACGUUACAGGGUAUUAAGUUUCGCAGACGUACCAGUAUUCCUACUUUUUGACUAGCUCUCGUACAUAACCCGGUGAUAUUAUACACUUAAUGUCAGUUCCCGAGGGAAACAGUUAGGUUUUGUUUUCCCGAAAGUUCUGAUAUUUCCCGAGACGAAGUCGAGGGAAACAUCAGGACUCGAGGGAAAACAAAACUAACUGUUUCCCGAGGGAACUGACAUUAAGUGUUUUGUUAUAUUCCUAGACUUUUACUUCAACAGUGACAAAGAAGUAAAGAACGAAUGAAAACAAUGUCAGUACUUCAAAGGGCACAUUUAAUUCAAAUCUGUACAUGAAUUACUUAGCACAAAGUAUAUGAACAAGUAGUUUCUGGACUUAAAAGCUCAAUAUUGAGAUAAGCUUAAAGAGAAUCACUUGGAAUUACCUUGAUAAAAGUUUAUAGUAACAGCUGCUCCUGAAAAUGCGCUUGCGUUAGAGUUAACCGUUUCCUGGCUUUGCGAUGCGAAAUUUUACAUCGUGAUGGGUGAUCUUGGCACUGUGUUUCCGACUAGAGGACAAUCUGCCUCUGCAGUUUGCUCUUAUCUCUCUAAACGUUCAAAUCAUGCAGGCGCUGAGUGAAUGGGAAAUUUCCUUUUGUUUAACCUCAGAAAGGCGCCUUGAAUAAGAGCGAAUGCUGCUCUCAGACUUGUGGCCAGAAACACGCAUUAUAUGGCGGGCCUCAAAAUUACACUCGUCUAAUAACGAUACGGCAGUUGCCCUAAUGAUUGGUGUACUGAUAAGACAAUUGUAUUUCCGUUGAAAUGGAACUCAUUAACGUAGCUAGCGUAUUUUCCCGAGAGGAGCAUUACAAUACCAAACUUCAUCACUUUCGCUAAAACUUUCACGCGCCUUCGGCCUUUGCCACAAACACGACAAAUUAGGAUUAAGCUUUGAUAAAUACAGUUCAAAAGUUUUUACUGGACAGUACGGACUAUUCGGUCUUUCAUACAUACGGCCUUCACCUGGAGAAUAAUCUGGUUGAUCCUUUCCCCUGUGAUUUUUGUCCAGUUCAUCAAGUGCUUGAUAUACGUACUUCUUACCAGUUGCAUCAGCCUGCACGGCAAACGUCUGUUUUGUAAGAAGACGGAGAUUUUCUCUCCCGUGGCGAAUUAGAUGGAACAUGAGAUUGAACCAAACCAUUUGCUGGAGGGAUUUUAGCAACUUUUUUAUUUGUAGCAUGUCCCCUUGGGCCAUGGUAACUAUCCUGCCUAAACAAAGUAUUUGAGCAGCUGCUAGGCAACCAAACUACAAGUAAGUUUGACUGCCAUCUCGGAGACUGUCUUACUGCCUAUCGUAGACAUCACAGUUGUGAAACAACACUCGAUGUCCUUGUAAAGGGCUGGAAACGUGCCAAGAACCAGUCGAUAUCCCUCAACAGACAUGUCGAAAGCGUUUGAUUGUAUGCAUUCACUACUAUGGUUUCCGAGACAAGGCGGUCGACAUGCUUCGGAGUUACUUUUACGAUCGCCAAUUUCGUCUACGAAUCGGGACGGUAAGAAGCUCUUGGAGGCCAGUAAAUUGUGGCUGGCCUCAGGGGUCAGUCUGAGGACCGCUACUCUAGAACAUCUUCCAGAACGAUUUCGUGUACAUUGUGUACACGGGUUUACUAUGUAUGCAGAUGACCAUAAAAUUUUCGAGAUAGGCAAAGAAAUGUGCACUGUAGUGUCCCAACUACAGCAGAGCGCAACCCUAGCAACCAACUCUGGUAUGAUUCGAAUCUCCUUCAGGGCAACCUUCAGAAGUAUCAGAUGAUGACUAUACGAAGAACACACGCAAGUAAUGAGCCCAAACGAGUAUAACUGUUAAGGCCGAGAUUAUAACUGAAUCUGAAAAUCUACAACUCCUUGGCGUAACUAUCGACAAAAGACUCAAGUUUAACGAACACAUCAAUAGCGUAUGCAUGAAGGCUAUUCAGAGGAUCAGCGUGCUGAUGCUGUUAAGAAAUCUGAUACCUACCAUGGCACAACUCUAUACAUCAGCAAUUCUUCCCCACCUCACUUACUGCCGUUUAGUAAGGCACUUUUGCAAGGCCUCAGACAAUCGCGGAUUAGAGAGGCUACAAGAACGGGGCUUGCGGGCUAUCUUCAGGGACACACAUCUUAAUUACCAACAGCUUUUAGAUAAGCAAAUUUACCCACUCUGUGCAACAGACGGCUCCAAGAUAUAUGUAUUCUAAUGUACAAAGCGAAACAUAACUUAUGUCCCAGACCAAUUUUCAAUCUAUUUCAGCCUAGUAAUUAUACUUAUCAGGUGUGACAAACUGACUCAGUUGCCCUAUCCAGAGGUAAUUCUACUACUUAUGGCAAACAUUCGAUAAGAUACCUUGGUCCCAAACUGUGGCGUAACUUAUCCAGAAAGGAGAGACUUGCAAUCUUAAUACUUUUAAAUCGCAAAAAUAAGCGUGACUUAUCAAGCCUCUUAAAAGAUGGUUCACUGUACAGGCUGCUAUCUAUGCAAUUCCUAAAUUUCCUGUUUGUAAAAUUACUGUUUUCACUGUAAAGACAUUUGUCUUCGAUCUUUUGUCAUUGUUAAUGUAUUAUAUAUAUAUAUAUAUAUAUAUAUUUAAUCUUUUAUACAUAUACAUAAGUUUUUGAUUCUUAGCUAGCUCUAUAUAGAUUUGGUCAGUUUCAUACAUUUUUAUGCUUAGUUAGGUGUCCCCUGUUAGCUGAGGGUUUCCCCUCUGCUAGAUAUUUUAUUGACAAGUUAAUUCAUUCAUUCAUUCAUUCAAUCAGCCCGUGAGAAGUUACAUGUGCCGUAGUGGCUCGUGUUUUGUUUGAUCCGAGACGACCGUUAACAUUUAUAAGUUUUUCAUUUCUCUAUAGAAUUAGACUUUUAGUUGAGAUCAUGUAAUUGAACACUUUGAAGACUCGGUGCAAAAAUUUCUACAUCUACACCUUCAUCUACAACUUUAAUCUAUAACAGUUUCCCAUCACAUAGAUUCACCAUCUACAGACGAUAUCUCUGUUUGUAUAAGAACCCGCCCCUGGAAAAACCGGGUUCGCAGGUGUUGUCUAUUUUAAUUCAAAUUUGAUUUUUGUGCUAAAUCCUCUAUUUGUUACGGGAAAUCUAGUUUUUAACUUAUUGACAAAAGGGGGCUUUAUUGUAUUUCUACAUUGUUUUUAUUACAUAUCUGUUUUAGUUGUAAAUAAAAUUUAUUGUCUAAGCGUUCAAAAACUCAAUAAUAAUUUCUAAAACCCGAACAUACAAGGUAAAUUAAUGCUGACUUCUUUUAAUCUGAUAAAAUACGACUGAAAUGUUAGUCACAUUUUCUCCAGAAAACAAUAAUGAACCCAAGGAUAAUUCAACCGCACUAAAGCUUUCAGCGCUCUUGUUUUAUCAAGCGUAAACACCUUCAGAAGAGUCUUGUGUUUUGAAAAUCAUCAGAUAUUAAAAUCGUCUUGCUCGUUUCUCAAACUACAAAAUCAUCAUGUCAUUAAGUCAAGUGAGAAAGAAGAUUGUUUUCCCGACCACUCAGAGGAAACGUCUUUGCAAAUAGUCGAUAUUCUUGUUUUUGUUUCUGUGCAACAUGCGUGAAGCAUACUGGUGCAAUGAAUUAUUUCAAAAAGAAAAUAAUCAUCUAUUGAACAUUAUACAGAAGUUGUAAAGAGUCAGCCGUCUACGCCCAACGAACUGAAACUGCUUUUUUUUGUCUGUUCCCACGGACGGUGUAUAAAGCCUGUCUUCUAAAUUAAAUAGUUAGUAUUCUUUGACAUUAAAGCACGGCGGGAUUGGAUAAUAAUCCUGUUUUCAUUAUGAAUACAAAUAUACCAUUGUCUAUGGUUUAUUUAUUACCGAACUUUAAGCUUCCGUAUUGACUGAGUCGAAGCACACAGUCUUCCAUAGACGGUGUAGAAAGUGCGUCUUCAAAAUCAAACAGUUAGUAUUCUUUGACAUUAAAGCAUGGCGGGAUUGGAUAAUAAUCCAGUUUUCAUUAUGAAUACAAAUAUACCUUUGUCUAUGGUUUAUUUAUCACCGAACUUUAAGGUUCCGUAUUGACUGAGAUCCGGGCAGACAGCGUUCGCAUCUUUUUAUACGUCUCAUGCAACGCCCGCACGAUGAAGAACAUAUCAACCACCAUCUUCCCAACUAAUUCAUCUACGCUCACGCCGCAGCUUCCCUCUAAAGUUGAAGGAAUAGCCUGGUGCAUUGCUUUUACGUUGGAAGCUCUCUUAAUUGUUCUAGGAAACUUUCUCACCCUUGUUCUCGUCGCCGUUAACAAGAGGCUUCGCAAAAGAAGUUUGUUUUUGGUCAUUAAUAUGGCUUUUGCCGAUUUGCUAUCCGGAGCUGUAUCUCUGCCCAUUCUCAUUUACACCAUUGGAGCUGGUUUCAUGCUUUGGAAAGCUCGAUUCGACAAGACGUUUUAUGCUUAUCAAGUUUUUGGUCAAACCGUUGUCUUACAGGCGUCACUAAUUUCUGCGGCAUUAAUAACUUGUGAAAGAUUUCACGCUGUCUAUUGGCCUCUGAAGCACCGAAUUUUGUCAAGGAGGGUGUACCACACAGUAAUAUUUAUGGUUUGGAUACUAGCCAUCCUUUUUUCCAUUCCUCAGCUCUUAAUUUCCAAGCAACUGACUUUUUACACGUUUGUUUCGAUCUUGUUGAGUCUGUUAUUUACAGUAUGUACCUGUAACAUCGCUAUUUGGAGAAGAUUUCGACGAAGAAUUGCAUCCCAACAACAAAACCGAGAAGCACAAAAUCGACAUCUGACAAAGACCUUGCUUUUAAUAUCGACUGUCGAGAUCUUUUCUUGGCUUCCUUUGACUAUAAGUAAUCUUGUAGUUACUGCUUUUGAGGUCCCCGUCCCUUUAGCAGUUUUGUUCACCAGUGUUGCGGUAAAUUAUUCAAACUUUGUCCUAAAUCCAACUAUUUAUGCUUUAAGGUUUCAGGAGUUUAAACAAGCACUAAACUUUUGUUGCCAUAGGACUCAUGUUGCAACGACGAAAGUAGAAAGCAGUGGUCGAAAUAACAACACUGGCUUUAAUACAUCCAGUAUUUCUGAAAUAGAAACACUG